ACCCGAGCACCGACUUUCUCGAUUUGCAGUGGAAUUUUGCUUAAUGACUCCUCGAUAACUUAAGGAAAUUCGCAAAUGUUUGGUUGUUGAUGGAAAUAAAUACAUAGAAUACUGUCAUUGUGUAAUCGAUGCAUUAAUGUGGACAUGUCGCCAUCAGAUGUUGACGAAAUGGGUUGCUCUACACGAGAGUUAAAAAUGACGUUGAAUGGUGACGCCAAAAUCACUGACAAUGGCAUUGGCGCUGGCGCUGGCGUUGGCAUUGGCGGUGGCAUUGGCGGUGGCAGGUGUUCAGAAUCCUCAAAUGUUUUGGAUAGUUUAGUAUUGAUGUUGAUUGAACGAUGCAAAGCCCUUGGGAGUAAAACAAUUGAUUUGAGUCAAAGAAAUUUGAUGAGAAUUCCAGAUGAACUCUUGGAACUGGGGGAGCUUGAGUAUCUCUAUCUGGAAGGAAAUAAUUUGACGUGUCUCCCAGAGGACUUUUUCGAUCGUCUUCCAAAUUUGAAAUGGCUCGAUUUGAGACGAAAUUACAUUGUAGGUCUUCCCAGUACAUACAUUGGUCGACAUUGUUGCUUGAAAACGCUUCUCUUGGAAGGAAAUGAGCUGAAGUCACUGCCUUUAGAACUUGGUCUUGUUGAGACUCUGACUGGUCUGAAUAUUGCGAGUAACCCGCUUGAGUUCCCAUCAUCAGAAAUCAUUGAACGAGGUGUCGAUCACAUUCUGAGAUAUCUUCGAGAAAUGCUGCUCACGAAAUCCGAGGGAAGAACUCCCUUAUCAGAAGAUUGUACUGAAGAAGAAUCAGUUCAAUCAAAAUCGUCUGUUGACUCAAGCCCCCCUGUUCCAGAAAUGAACAGAAUUGCUGAGCUGUCAAUCCAAGAUGGAGACACUUCAUCCGACGAAAGCGUGGAAGACUACCGGUUGAACCGCAAUGUGCAAGACUAUGGCUACGAACGACAAGAGUUCCGGAGUAACCAGUUGAACGAUCGCGCUUCAGCUCGGAGCGACCAGGCACUGGAUUCUGUGGGAUCGCUCCCAGGACAUUCUGCUGCCUUACAUAAGCCUGUGAGCUAUUAUCAGAUUCGACAACAGCAUAUGGAAAAAGUGACGAAGGCCGGUGGAUCGGGAAAGUUGAACAAAUCCAAGUCUCAUAGUGGGGGUUCGAGACGAUCCUCCAUCAAGUCCAAGAAGUCGGCCCAGUCCUUGAGUCGGUAUCCUACUCUUCCCCCAAUGGAGGUUAUCGAACACAAAGCUCAGGAGGAGAAGAGGUUGAAGAAGAUACAGAGUCUCAAAGAAAAACAGGAUGCCGUACUACAGAAGCGAAAAGAUACUGAAAUGCUGAAGAACUUUCAGACAGAGACGCGACAGAUGCAACGAAAGAAAUACACGCAGCGAUUGCGGAGAGGAGAAGACUAUGAAGAACCAGCCACCACUGCCCCAUUUGGAAUCGAAUCGGGAGAUUUGAAAAUGAAGAACAACGAGGAACGCAUUAAAGAAGACGUCAAGUCUGCCCAUGAGAAAAUGCGACGGGUGAUGUCACCGGCGAGUAGAUUGAGGCUGGAGGAAGCACGUUCUCAACGAGAUCGAGAACUGGAGCGUAAGAUCAAGACACACGCACAGGAUAUGACCGAGAGGAGGAAGCAUCCCAAGGGUAAUCCCAAAGAAGAGAUGGCUGCAGCUAAAAGAGAGAUGGAGAUCGUAAAAAUCCUGCAGACUGAACUCUUACGACGCUGCGGCGAUAUGCGACAAAAUCCUACCAAAAUCUGAUCAGCUAUUAUAGGCUGAAGUUCUGCACAGAGAGUUAAAACAGCGAAGACGGCAGCUGGAAUACCGGUUCCAAGCUUUUACAGGAGACACAUAAAUAUUGCCGGCAGAGACAUCCUUCUGGUAGAAACAUCAGCCUGGAGUUUUUUCAAGUGGAAAAAAGAACUUUUCGAGCUAAAAACAACUUGCAAUUCGUGCUCUCAAAUCAGAUCAGAUUUCUCGAUUUGAGUAAGGGACUAAACUGACUUUUCAGAACUUUCUGGUUUCACGUUGAGUUUGAGAAAUUGAAACCUCAGACGGGGGUCAUUUCCCUUGCCAUUAUGUCCAUGAGGAUUGCAACAGGAUUCACCAACCUUUUUGUUGCACACUCAGCAGUCGGCCACUGAGCAUCUUGCUGUGAUAUAAAGCGUUUUAGUAGCAGUUUGUGCCUAGCCCUAGAACAUGUAGAAGUCUUUACCUGACGCUUUGAUGUUGUUGACCAUUUGAUAAUGAUGAUAUUAAAAACAUUGGGAAGUUUUUCCCAGUUUGACUAUGCAAAGCUCUAAAGUGAUCCUUACCAUCACAUUCUUUGUAUAAAGAGUUGGAUAUUUUUAUUUACAUCGCCAUGAUAAAUGUGACCCAUCACAGCAAAAUCAGGCGCAUGUCGCUCUGAGCUUGGCAGGUUGAGACGGACUGUUUGUUCAUUUCUCUAUUGUCUGCCUAUUGUGAAAUAUGAGCACAUCAAUUUCUUCCAUUAUCUCCUGGUGUCAUUUAGGCUCAUCUUCUGUGCGACAUGCACCUGGUUUUGCUAUGACGGGUCACAGAUGUGGUAGGGGAGGGGGGGGGGGGUGAGACUUAAGUCGUACUUUCACCUAUCAAAUCCCUGUGUCUUUUGCACUUACACCUAUGAAUUUCCGUGUCUAAAUAGACCCGUGUGUCAAAUCCCCGUGUCUAUUAGCCCCAUCGAGCUCGAUGGGGCUAAUCGGGGGCUAAUUUAGACCCGUGUUCAACACGGGUUUUUUGAUAGGUGGAAUCUGAAUAGACACGGCAAUUGCAAGUUCUAAGAUCCGGCGACAGAUGGCGCGCUGUAGUUGCCUCGGUAUUCCGCAUGCGAAAUCCCCCUCCGACGGGAAAGAAACACAGGAGUGCUCCCUACCUACAGCGCACCUGUCGCCGGAGCUAUUAUUAAACCAUUAUCUAACACCACUGAUAGGUGUAAGUGCACCCCGGGUUUUUUGACACACGGCGAAGGUCUUGAAAAAACACGGGGUUUUAUGAUAGGUGGAACUACGACUAUAGACAUUUAACUUAUGUUGUGAAUGAAAUCAAUAUUUGUUAUUCGGUUCAGAAUUGGAUUUGUCUUGUUUGUAAAUAGAAAUACAAAAGGAUCAGGUCAGUUUCAACCUGUGUAUUGUUGUGAAAUUUGAAGGUGUUCUUCAUUAAAGAAUUUAU